AGUGUCUUGACCUUAUGACGACAUUGACGCAACUGGAGUAUACCAGAGUGGACGCAUGCCCGAGAAGGCCGAUGAGCCAUCCUGUCUGUACUCUAAUAAAGAACUAUUUGCUGUAUAUAACCUCAAGUCUAUCAACAUCACGAUGCGGCCAUCUGUUAACCACUCUCACAACCAGAAAACCUGGUCAUUUCCCCAUAACACCCCUUCGCCAUGACCGGCAUCUCAGAGACAGACGCCAAAUCACUGCGUACACCCUACCCCAGCGACUUCAACUUCACCUGCCAGAACUCCGUCGUGCUCGACCACCCCAUUUCCGUGGCGUUCCCUAUCAUAGCCCAUGGGGGGCACCAUUUCGAACGACUGACAAGGCUGGGAGACGAUUGUACAGAUUUCGAGCUGUUUCACCGCGAUGGCGUCUCCGCUGCAGAUUCGACUCCCCUAGCUCAGUCGCGCGUACGCACCGUCGACCCGGUCGAACCAGGGACGGAGGGCAAGCCACGGCAGUUCUUCCGGCUACAAGAGACGAUCAGUCUUCUCUUUGGGGCUAUCAAAACGAAGGUAGAGCUGGUGGGGUGUCAAACUUGGGAUGAACAUGACAAGGCGGCGCUGUAUGAAAGUGUCACGGAUCAAGGCAUUAUGGUCUGGAAACUGAGAGAGCUUGAGGAGUUUGAGGAGGAUGGCAAGAAAAAGACCAAGGUUACGGAGACUGUCAAAGGCAUCUGCCCCUCGUGGAUGCGGCUUAUUGUUCAAAGAGAAGCUGACAGAGGACACAAGUACGUAUAGAUGUUCAUUGUGUUCCGUCCUCGUGCUGAUCAGGAUGCUUGGAUUAGAAAACAUCUCGC